AUGAGUCAGAGGCAGGUGCUGCAAGUGUUCGAGCAGUACCAGAAAGCCCGGACCCAAUUCGUGCAGAUGGUGGCGGAGCUGGCGACCAGACCGCAGAACAUCGAGACGCUGCAAAACGCGGGUGUAAUGUCUUUGCUGAGGCCUCUUCUUCUGGAUGUGGUCCCAACAAUUCAACAGACUGCUGCUUUGGCUCUGGGGAGACUGGCUAAUUAUAAUGAUGACCUAGCAGAAGCAGUCGUGAAGGGCAACAUUCUUCCACAGCUUGUUUAUUCAUUGGCAGAACAGAAUCGUUUUUACAAGAAAGCAGCUGCCUUUGUGUUACGAGCAGUUGGUAAACAUUCUCCCCAGCUAGCUCAGGCGAUAGUGGAUUGUGGAGCACUGGAUACGCUGGUGAUAUGCUUGGAAGAUUUUGACCCUGGAGUCAAAGAGGCUGCAGCCUGGGCACUUGGCUAUAUUGCAAGACAUAAUGCAGAGCUGUCACAAGCUGUGGUGGACGCGGGAGCCAUUCCUCUUUUAGUGCUCUGUAUCCAAGAGCCAGAAAUUGCUUUGAAAAGGAUUGCUGCUUCGGCCCUCAGUGAUAUUGCAAAGCAUUCUCCAGAGUUAGCACAGACAGUGGUGGACGCAGGAGCAAUUGCUCACUUAGCCCAGAUGAUCCUGAACCCUGAUGCUAAGUUGAAGCGUCAGGUCCUUUCAGCUCUCAGUCAGAUUGCGAAACAUUCUGUGGAUCUAGCAGAAAUGGUGGUUGAAGCAGAGAUUUUUCCAGCUGUACUUACCUGUCUGAAGGACAAAGAUGAAUACGUGAAGAAAAAUGCUUCCACUUUAAUUAGAGAGAUUGCAAAACAUACACCUGAGCUUUCUCAGCUGAUAGUGAACACGGGGGGAGUUGCUGCCAUGAUCGAUUGCAUUGGGUCCUGCAAAGGAAACAUAAGGCUGCCGGGCAUCAUGAUGCUUGGCUACGUGGCAGCUCAUUCUGAGAACCUGGCAAUGGCGGUCAUCAUUUCCAAGGGUGUGCCCCAGCUGUCAGUCUGCUUGUCAGAAGAGCCAGAAGAUCAUAUUAAGGCUGCUGCUGCCUGGGCCUUGGGGCAGAUUGGGAGGCACACUCCGGAGCACGCAUGGGCUGUCGCGGUCACAAACACUUUGCCUGUCCUGCUUUCUUUGUACAUGUCGACCGAAAGUUCUGAGGAUCUUCAAGUGAAAAGUAAAAAAGCCAUAAAAAAUAUCCUACAAAAAUGCACCCAUUUACCAGCUCUCGAGCCACUUCUUCAUGAUGCUCCUCCCAAUAUUCUGAAGUAUGUGGUUGGACAGUUCAGUAAGGUGCUGCCACAUGAUAGCAAAGCUCGACGACUUUUUGUAACAAGUGGUGGACUUAAAAAGAUUCAAGAAAUAAAAGCAGAACCUGGAUCUCUCCUUCAAGAAUACAUCAACAGUAUUAACAACUGUUACCCAGAAGAAAUAGUAAGGUAUUAUUCCCCUGGAUAUUCAGAUAUACUUCUGCAGAGAGUGGACAGCUAUCAACCACUUACUAACUGA